CACCACCACCACCACCACCACAACCUCUGGCAGCUACUACUCUGCCCCGUGAUGUUGGGGGUCGCUCAAGAAGGGAGAAUGAGUUCUAUGGUCAAUCCCUAAGCCAGCCAGAGUCACCUCUGGUAAUUGCCACUCACUUGUGAGUAAAAGACAGGGCCUAAGAGACUCGUCCCCUCCGGCGCGCAACAAGCGCACCGCAUGUCGUGCUGGCAUCGACUGCGGAGUUUUACUUUUCAAUGUCUCUUCUAAUGAGACACACCCUGCCCAAACAAGAAACUUGAUUUGAUCUGAAUAGAUUCAAGAAGAUGUCGAUUCUUCCGAUCUCUAUCCCGCGACAAAAAACACUAUGUUCCCCUCGUACCAUCAUUGUCAUCUCUAUAUCCAAUAUCAAAACCAACAUCGAAAGAUAUUCCCAGUUCAAUUUUGCACUUCGAGAUUAUCACACAAAUAAUUCGUUCCUUUACAUGGAAAUUCUGUUCUCGUUUUGUUUCCAAGAUCAACAGCCAAGUAUAUCUUUCACAAAUUCCCCUCACCAAACCCAGCUCGGACCUACAUCUACAGUAGUCUGAGGAUAAACUUCAUAGCAUGAUAGCUGCUGGUUGGUUGGCUCAAAAAGCAACAUGAGCCAGAGACUCGCCCUAAUUGUCUCUGGUAUACCUCGAGCAAUAAUAAACUUUGGACCAGGUUUGAGGACUGCGUUCGGACGAAACGCACUUAACUGUACCUUCGUCCAUCACCACGUUGCCCCCGAUCUUUUCGGUUUAGUGUUUGGGUCUUAUCCUUCUCUCCCGCCUUCUAUGACCAUUAUGGACUGGCAACAGCUAUCGUAUGGAUCAUCGAAUACCACCACUGUUUUCAUGGCUUUACGUCUUCUCGACCUCUCCCGACGCCUUUCCGCCCCUUCACAAACCCAUCUCUGGCAUCAUUUGUAUGGAAUGGACCCAGGUUCUUUACAACCCGAGACUCGCCAUCGCUUUCAUCGAGUUUUGUUUUGUGGUAAGAUAAACCGUAAUCUGGGUGAGAUUGAUGCAGAGGCAUGUGCUCAACAACCGGUAUGGCUGGCGCUAGAUCACCAUGAAGGGCAUACUGAACAACAACGUUGCCUAGAGGCACGAUGACUUUCUUGUUCAAGAUAUCGAUUUCCAGAUCAUCCGGUUUACUUCGCCGUCCAUCAAAUUCUCAGUCUCCUCCGCGCGCGCAAGCUCAUGCUUUUCGCAAGUAUUUCCAUUCAACUCCUGUGCCAUCGACUUACACAAGACAUCGUUGGGCUAAGGUGCUCAUGGCAACCAACCCCCUGCUGAGCCAUCCUGGUCAAAUGUCCGUGAGACAAGAGACUGGAUUGUUUUGAAAGCUAUGCCCUCACACUAGGUUGCCUUCUGUCGAGCGGAACUACGUUCGUUGGCACCCUGCCUUUUCGCUUUAGGUGGACUUGAUGCAACUUAGAGUUCCUGACCACAACAAUACCGACAGACCAUGUCAAGUCCAGUUAAGGAGAUCAGACUCAGCGCCGGAAUGAUUGAACAGCACUGCUCUACCGAGAACUCAAACACAUCCAUCUCUUUGGCUUGCAUCCAAUGGUAUCCAAGACCUAGACGUGCUUGGCUUUGGCAUAUAGUCUCACGGUUGCACGUUCCUUAACAGUAUCUGGACCUGACGUCCAUUUCCUCCGCCAGCAAGACACAUACCAGCAGUCUUCUUCAGUCAAGUCUCACUCUUCCUUUAAGUCGCUGACUGUGUUAUCACAUUUCAGGCCAACACCCUCAAGGGCUCGGAGUACGCAACUCAGCUGGCCAUGACGGAACAGAUAUUAUAUCUGAACUACCAUGCUCAGAAUACGGGUUGUUGGAAGACCAAGUCAACCACCGCAAGCUCGACUAUGCAACAGCUGGCGAUGGAGACCUCCAUCUAACGGAGAAGUCUUGGUGAAGUGUUCUGCUUGUCCUUGGCUGUACCUUCGAACUUCACCAAUUGCCCAUCAUUUGUAAGUCAUCGCCGUGACAACCUUAUCUUGCUUUCGCAUAUAUAAUGUGGUUCCCGUCAGUGACUUCAGCUCCAGCCUGGUGGUCUAUUUCGUCUCAAGUCCAACUUUACUCUCGUCCUUGCGGCAUCGACAACUCCGAGUUGCUGCAGACCGAUCCUGGCUUGACACAUUCGACUCUUUCCGGUUGUCGACGACAACUGAUAUCGAUCGGGCAUUCUUUGCUGGGACAUCGAGAUUCUAUACAUGAUGGGAGGGCAUGACAGAAAGUUGAACUCGUGUCUGACCAAUUGAUACUUCAUGAAGCACACUCCAACGUCAAGUGAUACAUCAGAUUCAACUUCAAGCACGCCUAGACCCGGAUAGACGCGUAGACGGCCACAGCUGUCAGUCAUAUCUCACGAUGGAGUAGAGAGGGUAAGUGCCGUUGGCGCUGACAAGCUCAUUGAAGUUGGAGACAAUCAGGCGUUGGCAGGUAUAAAAAGACGCGAGUCUAUUGAUCUGAUUGAUUUGGAAGAGGAGGGCUGCUAUUUAGUACAGAUGCUUCGUCAAACGAUAGAUAUAUGGGGACUAAACAGGUGUUCCAGAUUACACAGACUGUAAUCAAAUCGAAGGCUUGCCCUGACGUUGUUACUCCUCA